UUCCUUGUCAUAAAUAACGCAGCCAAACCUUCCUUGGAAAUGAAAUGAAUCAUAUUUUUGAGUCAUUUCAAUCCCCAUAAAUUAUGGUUCCUUUCUAUUAUUUUGCUGUAUGUUGGACAUUCCUCCUAUUCGGAUCCGUGGUGACGGGUCGGAUCGAGCCGGGUACGAGAUUGGUUGCCCGUGAGAGUCAAGCAUGGGUUUCGGAUAACGGGAGUUUUGCCUUGGGCUUUGCGGCGGCCAACUCCAGAAAUGAUCAGUUUCAGUUGGGAAUAUGGUUUUAUCAACUUCCUAAUGAUCGGACCUUCGUUUGGACUCCAGAUAUAAAUUCUCCAGUCAGCAAAGACGCAAUCCUGGAGUUCAAAACCAACGGCAACCUCGUCCUCACCGACGGCCGCACCACCGUCUGGACCUCAAACUCCUCAACUCCCGGAGCCCCAACCGCCGUCAUGUCCGAUAACGGAAACUUCAUCAUCUACGGCUCGAACCAAAGCAUCACGUGGCAGAGCUUCUCUCACCCCUCCGACACGCUCCUCCCGGGCCAACCCUUCACCGCCGAUCUCGAGCUCACCUCAUCCAACUCCCAAUCACGCGGCGGAUAUUACACGCUCAAAAUGCAGCAGAAGCCAACUUCACUCAGCCUCGGCCUCACCUACAAUCUGCCGGAAUCAUACGACGCCUCGCCGGAAUCGCUAUCCAACUUCUCCUACUGGUCGGGGCCCGACAUAUCGAACGUGACCGGAGAAGUUGUGGCGGUUAUGGACGACGGCGGCAGCUUUGGAAUCGUGUACGGCUCGUCGUCGGACGGAGCUGUCUACGUGUACAAGAAUGACAACGACAGCGGAGGCUUAUCCUCGGCGAUGAACAGAACGGGUAGUCCCUUAGUUAUCCGUAGAUUAGUUUUGGAGGCUAACGGGAACCUGCGGCUGUACCGCUGGGACAACGACGUCAACGGAUCGCGACAGUGGGUGGCGGAGUGGGCCGCGGUGUCGAAUCCGUGCGACAUCGCCGGAAUCUGCGGCAACGGGAUAUGUAACCUGGACAAGAGCAAGACUAACGCGUCUUGCACCUGUUUGCCGGGGACGGCUUCCGACGAGGCAAGCCGUUGCUCCGGGAAUUCGUCGGCGACCACGGGGAAGUGCGGCCCGCAUCACGAGAACCUUAAAACCAAGUUGAAGAUCUCCGCGCUGCAGCAGACGAAUUACUACUUCUCCGAUUCAUCGGUGAUUGCGAAUUACAGUGAUGAGGGGACGACGUCGAAAUGUGGAGAUGCUUGCUUGUCGGAUUGUGAUUGUGUUGCUUCGGUUUAUGGUCUGAACGAGGAGAAGCCGUAUUGUUGGGUUUUGAGGAGCUUGGACUUCGGAGGGUACGAGGAUCCGGGCUCGACGGUGUUCGUGAAGGUGGAUUCCGAUGGAGAUGGAUUAACGAGUGAAGAAAAGGGGAAGGUCUUAGUGCUGCCUAUUGUAUUAAGCAUCACUGUGCUAAUAGCCCUGCUUGUUUGCUUGUUGUAUAUCAAUGUUCGUCGGAAGAGGAAGUUGAGGAGAGCUCUCGAGAGUUCCCUCAUCGUGUCAGGGCAGCCCAUCAGUUUCAGCUAUCGCGAUUUGCAGUUCAAGACCAGUAACUUCUCGCAAUUACUAGGAACAGGUGGAUUUGGGAGCGUGUACAAGGGAAGCCUAAGUGACGGAACUUUGAUUGCGGUGAAGAAGCUGGACAGAAUCUUGCCUCAUGGGGAGAAGGAGUUCAUUACAGAGGUGAACACUAUCAGCUCGAUGCAUCACAUGAACCUGGUUCGACUGUGGGGAUAUUGCUCGGAGGGGAUACAGAGGCUUCUGGUUUACGAGUUCAUGAAGAAUGGAUCGUUGGAUAAGUGGAUAUUUACUUCAUACAACAGUGGGGAGAGUUGCAGCAGGAUUCUAGAUUGGGAAACUCGGUUUCAAGUGGCUCUCGGUACUGCACAAGGCAUUGCGUAUUUCCACGAGCAGUGUCGCGACAGGAUAAUCCACUGCGACAUCAAGCCGGAGAACAUUCUUCUGGAUGAGAAUUUCAGUCCCAAGGUGUCGGAUUUCGGUCUGGCCAAGAUGAUGGGGAGGGAGGCGUCGCGUGUGGUGACCAUGAUACGGGGAACGAGAGGGUACCUGGCUCCGGAGUGGGUGAGCAACCGCCCCAUCACUGUGAAAGCGGAUGUUUACAGUUACGGGAUGCUACUCCUGGAGAUCAUUGGUGGGAGGAGAAAUCUGGAUAUGAGCUAUGAUGCAGAGGACUUCUUUUACCCAGGGUGGGCCUUCAAGGAAAUGAAAAACGGAAGGGCGGCAAAGGCUGCAGACAGGCGGCUGGAAGGGGCGGUGGAAGAGGAGGAGGUGGGUCGGGCGCUGAAAGUGGCGUUUUGGUGCAUCCAAGAUGAGAUAGCGGUGAGGCCUAUGAUGGGGGAUGUGGUGAAGAUGCUGGAAGGAUCGGUGGAGAUAAACAUGCCGCCGAUGCCGCAGGCUGUGUUGGAGCUGAUUGAAGAAGGAUUGGAUAAUGUUUAUAGGGCUAUGAAGAGAGAAUUCAAUCACUACAGUUCCUUCACCAUCACUACGCAUCCUUCCUCUCAUGCAACAUGUAGCUAUUCCACCAUGUCGCCAAGAUGAACAUAUAUCUGCCAUUUUCUUGCAUACAAAUUGGCUGCUGCUACUCAUGCAUUGGCCUAUUUGUUUUCAAGAUAUCAAGCAGACAAAAGGGGUAGUUAGUAUUUAAUGAGAUUGGAACAAGAGUUGAGAUAUACUAUACAACUUUAAUAGGACAAACUGGACCUCAUCUCUUGCAUUUCUUUUGGGGGUGAAUUCACACUUCAUCUCUUCAGAGUUUGCCCAAGAAUGUGAAAUCUUUGGUUUAGAUCAGUGAAUGAAGCACAACGACAGUAGUUCAAAAGGCCGAAUGAUUCGAAUGGAAAUCGAUUUGGUUCCAAAA